AUGACCCAAGAAUUGAAAAAGGUAUCCCCUGCAGUUUACGGUAAAGUUACGCCGCCAGUAAUGGAGAAAGGUAAAGUGACUUAUUGUACCGACUUGGAGAAGUCCGUGAUAAUGAGCAACUUCGAGCGUCGCGGUUGGAUCCAAGUGGGGCCCGACGAUGAAUGGAACUUUUACUGGUCCUUCACACAAAAUUGCCGAACAAUUUUCAGCAUCGAGAGCGGUUACCGAAUGAGCGACAACCAAAUGAUAAAUCACUUCCCAAACCAUUAUGAACUGUCACGCAAAGAUUUGUUAGUAAAAAAUAUCAAAAGAUAUAGAAAAGAACUUGAGAAAGAAGGUAAUCCUCUAGCUGAAAAAACAGAGGUUGUUUUGCCUAAUGGACAAGUGAUAAGUCGCUACAUACACUUGGAUUUUAUACCAGUUACCUACGUACUGCCAGCUGACUACAACAUGUUCGUCGAAGAAUACAGAAAAUCUCCCCAGAGCACGUGGAUAAUGAAACCGUGCGGGAAGUCUCAAGGGGCUGGAAUAUUUCUAAUAAAUAAACUUUCGAAACUCAAGAAGUGGUCUCGUGAAGCGAAAACUCCGUUCCAUCCCCAGUUGACUAGUAAAGAAAGUUAUGUGAUAUCGCGGUACAUCGACAACCCGCUCUUAAUUGGCGGGAAGAAAUUCGACCUACGACUGUACGUGCUGGUGACGUCAUUCCGCCCAUUAAAAGCGUACUUAUUCCAACACGGCUUCUGUAGAUUCUGUACAGUGAAAUACGAUACGAGUGUCACUGAGCUCGAUAAUAUGUACGUGCAUUUGACUAAUGUUAGCGUACAGAAACACGGCGGCGACUACAACAGUUUGCACGGUGGGAAAAUGAGUAUCCAAAACUUCCGUUUGUAUCUGGAGGGCACGAGAGGGCGAUCUGUUACUGACAAAUUGUUUGCUGAAAUGCAAUGGCUUAUUGUUCACUCUUUGAAAGCUGUCGCCCCGGUUAUGGCUAACGAUCGCCACUGUUUUGAAUGUUACGGAUACGAUAUAAUAAUAGACAAUACUCUAAAACCUUGGCUUGUUGAAGUGAAUGCUUCGCCGUCUCUGCAGUCGACGACUCAUAAUGAUAGAAUUUUGAAAUACAAAUUGAUAGAUAAUAUAGUAUCGGUAGUAGUCCCGCCUGAUGGUAUUCCUGAUGCGAGGUGGAACAAGAUUCCCACAGCUGAAGCGCUCGGUGACUUUGAACUGUUGAUAGAUGAGGAGCUUAUAGAGAGAGAAGACGCUAAUUCUCGCUACAACAAAUAUCAUCGCGUUAGACAAUAA